AUGGAAUUUGAAGCAAUAGAGAGCUGGGAACUGCAGCCCGACACAGAAGUCUUUUAUAAUUCGAGCGUUGGGAAAUUCUAUUACAAGAAUCAUCAUAUAAUUACUGGGAAAUUAAUCAACACAUUAGAAACUCAUCCUUUAAUUGAACUUCCAUCAUUAGAGUGAUUUUUAUUCAGCCAAAAAAUAAUCGCGAUGAGCAUGACAAAUGACGAUAGAAUCAUUGCUGUCCAAAGAGUGCCUCAUGAGUUAGUACAGUUUAUAUAGGAUCUAAUAAGCGUUGAUACGCUGCAAACUCUUACAAUAGCUGGUGGAAUCAAUAGGAAAAUUUUAGGAUUCCACUGGGUAAAAGGAAUUGCCAGCUUAUGUGAUCUGGUUAUGAUAACCUCAGCAGGGAUCGAAUUCUAUAAAGUCACUGAAAAACCUUUUAGAGUUUCUAAUGUCAGAGGCUAUCAGUUCGGAAUUGCUUUUUAUUGGUUUGAGCCUAAAAGUGGAGUUAUUGCGGCAGCUUGCUCAGCUCCGAAUUUGGGGAAAAUCCGCACUUUCUUUUUGUAUCAAAAUAAAGGUACAAAGUUCCAGGGAAAUAAAAUUAUUAUUGACAUUUCACCGUUUACGACUGAUAUAUGGACCACUAUGCCUCUAAAUUCAUCAAAUUUAUUUGAUUUUUAUUCAAAUGUAUAUGAAGACAAUAUAAACCAAAUUGCCCUGAUUUCGAUUUAUGAUGGGGUUUAUUUUAUUCAUAUCAACUGCAUUAAAGGAAGCUUAGUUGUAUAUAAACUUGAAUAUGAAGAGCUUCCAGAAAUUGCAUUCAAUUUGUCAAUAUCGUCUGGGAAAUAUGGAAUCAGAUCAAGUGAUAAUUUGCUGAUCUUGCAGAAUUAUGAUACACAGGCUUGCCAUAUUUUUGAUAUAAAGAGCUUUGAAUAUUCUAGUAGACCAAUUGUGACUAUUAGUUGCAAAGAAGAUUUAGAAAAUCGUGAACAAUUUAAUUCAUUUGCAUUGAAUCACAGCAAAACUCAGUAUAUUUACUAUGAUUUUUUACUCGAUUGGGGCCUUAAAUAUAUAGAUAACGAUUUGUGCAUUGAUAUGAAUAGAAAACUAUGCUUUAAAUUGAAUCUAAAGCCAGAAGUUUUGAUGCAAAAACAUCCAAGCUCUAUUGAAGCAAUUUUAUUUCUCUUACUUACCCCCCCCCCUCCGUGAGCGAACAAAACCAUUAGAAAAAUCGCCAUUUUUUGACCAAAAAACCCACCCUCCGUGAGUGAACAAAAAUUUUUUUUAAUAGAAAAAUUUUAAUGGAAAAAAAAUUUUGAUAUAUAAGUGAUAAUUAGUAUAAUGAAAUCUAGAGCUAAUUCUGUUUAAUUUUAAACAAAUUGCGUUUUAAAACAUAAAUUUUGCAAAUUAAAUUAAUAUUUGCUUCCCAAUUUUUGCAAAUUAGGAUUUUUUUAAAUUUCGAAAAAAAUAUUUUUUUAUAAAAUUUAUAUAUAAAUGUUUUUUAAAAAAAAAAAUUAACCCCCCUCCGUGAGCGAACAAAAUUUUUUUGUUCGCUCACGGAGGGGGGGGGGGGAGUUAGCUUCCUUCCCUUUUAAAUUGGGAAUAAAAAUCCUGCUCCAAUUUAAAGGUUAAUUUUUCAAAAAAAUUGUGGAAAAUUUUUUAAAUUAAAAAACAAUUGAACAAUAUAUUUUGAAUUUUAAUUUACUUACGAAGAAUUAAUUCAAAAAAUUAAUCGAUUCAGCGUAAAAAUUGUAUAAAUAAUAUUCUAAUCACUUUUCCCAUUUUAGAUUAAAACUAAUUUUUAUAAAAAUUAGUAUUCCUUCUAAAAAAUUUUCUAUUAACAAAUAAAAAGUUUGUUCCAACUUAAAAGGGGUUAAAGCGCCCAAAAAAUGGAUAUUUAACCAAUAUUUUGCUCAAAGUUAAAGAAGGGGAGUAAGAAGAAAAGGGUGUAAAAAUCAGGCAUUUGAGUUUCUAAAGGAUAGCUUAAGAAAUAAAAUCGAGCUAAUUAAGCUUGGAUUUUUUUUUAAUACUCUCAACAAAGUCUACAAAAUAGCAGCUAUUGAAAGAAAAAAAAGCAAUAAAGACGACAAAAGGCCAAGUCUACCCAGUUUAAGUUCAUUUGAGAGCUAUAAACCUGGGAAAUAUAUAAAAAGAACUAGCCUGCAAGCUGACGUUGAGCUCAAAAUAAACUCAGGAAUGACUGUCAUUCUUCAAACUGAUAUGCAUAAAGAAAUAUUUGCUCCCUUAUAUAGAGAACGGCUUGACUUUGAUUAUUUAACAAAAGUAAUUUUAUUAUAUAACAAAUCCCUAAUUGAUGAAGACAUCCAAGUCCACCAAGUCUUGCAAAUUCUUUUAGCAAAAGUUCUCAUAGAAAGCCAGAAUUUCGUCUUGCUCCAGCAGCUAUUCGAGCACAACAUGUUCAAUGACAACGGAGACUUCGCGAAUUUGAUGAUAGAACUAUCAAAAGGGACAAAUUCCAUUUGCUACCCACCUGCUUUCCAAAUAGGGAUUGACAUGCUCUAUAGGCUGGAGUCAUAUGGCGCCUUAGCUGAAGCGUUUUUAAAUAAUGGCAUGAUUUUUGAAGCUCUUCAAUUGCUUGAAAAGCAUCCUUGCCCUGGUUUUGACGUCAAACUGAUCCAACCACGUGCUGACAGCUAUAAUGACCCUCAGUUAUCGUUGUUCGUUUCUCAAUAUAUUAACUCAAAAAGACUCUAG